AUGGAUGUCAAGAGCGCCUUUUUGAAUGGAAUUCUACAGGAAGAAGUUUAUGUCAAACAGCCUCAAGGUUUUGAAGACCCACAGUUCCCCAAUCAUGUGUACAAACUCAAAAAGGAUUUAUACGGGUUGAAAGGAAAUGUAGACAACACCGUGUUCAUCAGGUACUUCACUGAAGGUAUAUUUGUGGCCCAAAUAUAUGUGGACGCAAUUAUUUUUGGUUCAACUUGUGCAAGUGAAAUUCCUAAGUUUGUUGACCUCAUGACUAGUGAAUUCGAAAUGAGCUUAAUUGGGGAUCUUACAUAUUUCCUAGGACUUCAAAUCAAACAACUAGAGACUGGUAUUUUCAUUUCUCAAUCCAAGUAUACCAGAAACAUGUUAGAGAAGUUUGGUAUAGGAAACUCAAAGCACGCCCAUACACCCAUAGGCACAACUACUAAGUUGACCAAAGAUGAAACUGAAGAGUCUGUAGAUCCAACUCUGUACAGAAGUAUGAUAGGAAGUAUCCUCUACUUAACUACCAGUCAUCCUGACAUUAGUUUCAGUGUCGGACUGUGUGCCCGAUACCAAGCCAAUCCUAAACAAUCCCAUCUUACUGUCGUCAAGAGAAUUUUUAAAUAUUUAGGUGAAACAAUAGAUUUAGGAUUGUGGUACUCAUGUGAUACCACCAUGUCCUUGGUUGGUUAUAGUGAUUCUGACUGGGCUGGCAGUGUAGAUGAUAGAAAGAGUACGUCAGGGGGAUGUUUCUUUGUAGGAAAUAAUCUAGUGUCAUGGCUAAGCAAAAAACAGAACUAUAUCUCUCUUUUCGCAGCCGAAGCUGAGUAUAUUGCUGCAGGUAGCUGUUGUACUCAGCUAAUUUGGCUGAACAAGAUGCUCACAGGCUAUGUUUUUUCCCAAGAUUCAUUAGUCCUUUUCUGUGACAGUACAAAUGCAAUAAACAUGUCAAAAAAUCCGGUCCAACACUCAAGAACCAAACAUAUUGAUAACAGUUAUGGUUUCUGGUUUAUUGAUUUGGUCGGAGUACAUCCUUCACUUGCUCAUCUAGACAAAGAUCUUCAGCCGAGUUCUUCCCAGCUAAAAAGGCUACCCUAUCUAGAUGCAAUGGAAAGAGCUGCCUUUCACUAA